AUGGACUUUGAGACAAGAAAAAAUGCAGCUGAGCUCCAAGCCAAAGAAAAGGAAUUUGAGAAGUUGGCUGCCAAAGCCAAUCAGAAUUUGAGAAUUUUAUACCAAAGAAUUCGCUACGUUGAAGAAAAAUGCUAUUUACAGAAUAAUGAAAAAUGUUUAAGCCAGAUUGAAAAUUAUUGGCUUACUUUAAACCAAUUAGAAAGAGAAGAAAGCAAAAGAGAAACGAUAAUACAACAAAAAUGCGAAGAAGAGGUGCCAUUACACAUAAAGAUGCUUGAUGAUAACAACGACUCAAUAGUAUCCAAAGAAGAAUUUGACGCUUAUAAAAAUUAUUGGGAUUGCACUUCAGCAUCUCGUGAAAAUUUAAAGAAUUUCACUAUUAAAAAGGCAAAUGUUUUAAAUGAAGCCUUCAUGAAUUUAAAGCAAUAUUUACCUCAAAAGCCAAGCUAG